AGGGGAUUGGCGGAGAGCGCCAGGGAGAGAAUGUGACAAGUGCCCGCUCGGCGGCCGCCGGGGGAGGCCGCGCGCACCUGUCCCUGCCCGUCUCGCGCCGCCCGCGGCCGCUCGGACGCGCGCAGAGCCGCCCCCCGCCCGUGCGCCCCCGCCGCCGCGUGCGCCCAAGAACAUGACUUCUGCCUUCAAGCUGGAUUUCCUCCCGGACAUGAUGGUCGAGGGCCGCCUCCUCGUUCCCGACAGAAUUAACGGCACAGCCAACAAGAUGAACGGAGCUUUGGAUCACUCAGACCAGCCAGACCCAGAUGCCAUUAAGAUGUUUGUCGGACAGAUCCCCAGGUCAUGGUCAGAAAAGGAGCUGAAAGAACUUUUUGAGCCUUACGGAGCCGUCUACCAGAUCAACGUCCUCCGGGACCGGAGUCAGAACCCUCCCCAGAGUAAAGGUUGUUGUUUCGUAACAUUUUAUACAAGAAAAGCUGCACUUGAGGCCCAGAAUGCACUGCACAAUAUUAAAACUUUACCUGGGAUGCAUCAUCCCAUUCAGAUGAAACCUGCAGAUAGUGAAAAAUCAAACGCUGUUGAAGACAGAAAAUUGUUCAUAGGAAUGGUUUCGAAGAAGUGUAAUGAGAAUGAUAUCAGGGUGAUGUUUUCUCCGUUUGGCCAGAUAGAAGAAUGCCGGAUUCUCCGGGGACCCGACGGGCUGAGUCGAGGCUGUGCGUUUGUCACAUUUUCUACAAGGGCAAUGGCACAGAAUGCAAUCAAAGCCAUGCAUCAGUCUCAGACCAUGGAGGGCUGCUCUUCACCUAUCGUGGUGAAGUUUGCUGACACUCAGAAGGACAAAGAGCAAAGGCGUCUGCAACAGCAGCUUGCGCAACAGAUGCAACAGCUCAACACUGCCACCUGGGGGAACCUGACGGGUCUGGGCGGACUCACUCCGCAGUACCUGGCGCUUCUGCAGCAGGCCACCUCCUCCAGCAACCUGGGUGCAUUCAGUGGCAUUCAGCAAAUGGCUGGCAUGAAUGCUUUACAGUUACAGAAUCUGGCGACGCUGGCUGCUGCUGCAGCCGCAGCCCAGACCUCAGCCACCAGCACCAACGCAAACCCUCUCUCUACCACAAGCAGCGCCUUGGGAGCUCUCACGAGUCCCGUGGCUGCUUCAACCCCUAACUCCACUGCUGGUGCAGCCAUGAAUUCUCUGACCUCUCUUGGGACUCUGCAAGGAUUGGCUGGAGCCACUGUUGGACUGAAUAAUAUUAAUGCACUAGCAGUUGCUCAAAUGCUCUCAGGUAUGGCGGCUCUCAACGGAGGACUUGGCGCCACAGGCUUGACGAAUGGCACGGCUGGCACCAUGGACGCCCUCACCCAGGCCUACUCAGGAAUUCAGCAGUAUGCGGCAGCCGCACUGCCCACUCUGUACAGCCAGAGCUUGCUGCAACAGCAGAGUGCUGCGGGUAGCCAGAAGGAAGGUCCAGAGGGGGCAAACCUCUUUAUUUACCAUCUUCCACAGGAGUUUGGAGACCAGGACAUUCUGCAGAUGUUCAUGCCUUUUGGAAAUGUUAUCUCUGCUAAAGUCUUCAUUGACAAACAGACCAAUCUGAGCAAGUGCUUUGGUUUUGUUAGCUACGACAAUCCAGUCUCGGCACAAGCUGCUAUACAAGCUAUGAAUGGCUUUCAGAUCGGCAUGAAACGCUUGAAGGUGCAGCUGAAGCGCUCCAAAAACGACAGCAAACCUUACUGAUCCUAACCCCAGAGGCUCCCUGCUCUUAUUUUAGCUUUCUUAGGGUAAGUCCCACAAGCCAGCCUGUUCCCAACAGGGAAGGCAGAGAGGAGGAGGACCACAUGUGGCCAAGUUUGACCAAGAGAGAGACUUAUUUUUUACAAUAAGGCCUCCAUUUCCCCCACCCAUUUCCCCCUGGCCCAGUUUGCCAUAAUUAAAACUCGGGCUAUCUUGUUUCUAUUGAGUAAAAUUCCUCCUUCAGUUGUGCCACUGUAUUAUCAUUUGUUUUGCAAUUUGAAUCUCCUUUUAGCUUUUCUAAAUUUUUUUUCAUUUUUUUUUAAGAAAAACAUACACACAUAGAUAUAUGCCAUCUUGAGAAUUUAAAAUGCUAACGUGCAAUUCUAACUCUGAAACCACUGGUGCCCCAAGAGCACUGCCUGGAGAACUCGCCCCUCCUUGCCUGGCGUCCGCCCCUCCACGGGCCCCAGCACCUAGGGGUUCCUUUGGUGGCCUAGUGAGAGGGAGAAGCCAGGAGAAGCACUUACUCAAAACACCACAAAACGUCUUUCCACUACAUCGGUUUGUUUUAAUGGGUAGGAUUUUAUUUUAGGGUUCAAAGAAACAUGAGCAUUUACUGGUGAGAUUAUUACACUGGUUGUCAAUUUUGUUGUUUUAUUUUAGUUUUUAGAAAGGAUUAAUGUAAAAAAAGAUUUAGAGAUCUGUUUCUUAAAGCUACAGGGUUUAAAAAUAAAAUAAAAAUGAGUGAAAAUACUUGAUGUUUCUUGAAAGAUAAAUUUAAUAAUAAUAAAUAAAUACAUAAAUACAUAAAUAAAAAGAAAGCCACAGGCCUGUAAAUUUUAUUUGUAAAAAAAGCAUUUCUAUUUUUAUACAAAAUUUUUACUGCCUCAGAAAUAAUGGAAGUUAUUUAUUUCCUAUUGUUAACUUAUUGGGUACCUAAAGAGCAGUUCUCUGUCUAGCUAGAACCUUCUGAAGUAGUCUCUAGAGGAAUUGUUCUAGGAAUGGGCUUUUUUUCACCGUUGAACCCUAGACCUAAAAGUUCAUGCUUUAUCCUCUCGUUGUUUGUAUCUGUCUCGAUUAUUUCGUUCGUAACUUCCAUGAUCUAGUUUACAGUUUGGUCGUCUGACUCUCCCCCACCUCCAUGUCACCUUCGUUGAAACUGGACCCUCUCCCCUGUCCCUUGCCAGUCCCUCACCCCAAACCACCUGGAAUCCAUCCCCACUCACUCUCCAGAUGGAUUCUCUUGGGGUUUCAUUGUGCUGUGGAUAAAGAGUGUAAGAAAUGCAAAUUACGCGAAUGGCUCCUAGAUUCCCUAAUGACCUGAGAUUUGCAUUAGUUUUUCUCCUGCACCCUUGAAAGUGAUUUUGUUGCUGCUGCAUAGAUUCUGUGUAACUUUUUACUCUUCCUUGUUUUUUCCCUAGACAUCUUCAUGCCCGUUAGUUCAUCGUUUGCCUAGCAUGUCCCUGUGGCGUCUCAAAAAAAAAAAAGUUUCAUCGUCCCGUCAUUGUUUCUGAUGUCUUUCUGACCUCACAUCAUAUUUGGUUCUCCUACUGACCUUUGAUCUAGUUUGACCUUUGAAAUUUGCAUGUGACCUCAUCUAGCUAUGAAUUCUGGGAAGUCAAUGUGAAAAACAUUGCUGCAUUCAUGCAAGACUGAAAUUUAUUAUUAGACAAAUUAAUUAUAGAAAAAAAAAACCUGUGGCAAAAAUGUUUCUUUCGUACUUUUUUUUUUUCUUUUCAUAAAACAGACUUGAAAGUAUUAUACAGGGAUUGGCAUUCUUCCCGGUCACUGGUAACAAUAGCAAUAUGUGUCCAGGGACACAGAAUGUUGGUUUCUAACAGACUACUUCCAAAAACAGUUUGAGAAAAAAAACUGUCUGAUUUUAAGUCUCUAGAGGUCUGUAAUAGUUUUUACAUUUUUCAGGCAGUGUAAAGUUUUUUGAUAAGGCCAUUUUAGGUGGCUCACUUUCUCAUUAAGAUAUAUAUAUAGAUCCACUUUUUGUAGAUUAGUAUAAGAAAAAUAUUUACCCUGUUUUGGGGCAAAUGCUACCUAUUUGUGUCACCUUUUGCUGAACUGACUCACAGUUAGACAAUCCAUGGUUUAAUGCACAUGAAAUUACCUAUAUUUUAUACUGUUUCAAUGUACAGGAGAAAGGUUACUGUAAACUGUGUUCUGUUGGUGCUUCUGUGAAUUAAGUUGUGGUUUCAUCAUGAGUCUUAUGGUCUUAAUGUUCUCUGUUGAUAAGACAAGUUUAGAAUUGGUUUACUUAAAACAAAAAAAAAAGAAUUUCAAAAAAAAAAAAGUUGUUUGCUUAAAAAAAAAUUUCAUGUGAGGGAAAAAAAAAAACUAUUCCAGAAAUAAGUUUUGUGUUGGCUUGUGAAGCAUCGAUGUCAUUUUUUUUUAUCGUGGACUAUUUAGACGUGUUUGUGUUCAGCAAAAUGUGAUCUGUUUUUUUUUUCUUUUAAAGAAAAAAAGUGAAAAUAUAUAGUGCCAAAUUCCAAAGGUACUUCCUUCCUAGAGCUUCAGUGUGUUUCUUGUGAGAAGUAAUUUGAUAACAUGGGUAUUUUAUUAUGUGUUUUGUAUAAAUCCCUAAUAUUUAAAAAAAAAAGGUUAAAAAGUUUGUUAACUUGCUAUCCUGUGGUCUUGUUGCCUGAAAUUGUUAUUGUUUGUUAUUUCUCUAUGAUGUUUUUUGUAAGACAUUGUAUAAGUGCCCAUGUCUCACUUUUUUAACCACUCUGCACAUCAAUGCUGUGAAGGCAACCUCACAAUGUAUUUUCUUCAUAAUCUAUGGAAACCUCUAAGGUGAGAAAGUUUUGAACUUCUAACCCUUUCUACCCAGAGCUAUCUGGAAUGUUGAUACUUUUUUAUACUGUCAUCAUCUGAAUUUGUUUUGGGGUGUUUCUAAUUUGGAUUUUGGUUUACGCAUGUUUCUAUCAUAAAGGGUUUUUUGUUUCCCCUUUGGCUGAGACCCAAGUGGGAAAAAAACUCGUAAGGCAAAUCUGAAGGGGAAAAAUAAUACUCCCCAAUACUAUCUUCUUUUUUUAACUUUGGGUCAUUUCUGGUCAUUUUAAAAGAAAGAAUUCCUAACGUGCUGCUGGAAUGCCUGCUUCAUUUCAAUUUUAAAAAAAAAGUUUGCUAGAUAUACCCUCCUAGGGGAGGCUGAGGCAGCGCCAUCACCUCAGUGCAUCCCGAAAACGCUGCGUGCUUUUCAGAUUGGGGUAAGUGCUAUGCUGUGGUCCAGAAUAACUUCAAGCAUCUUGCAGUUAAAUGUGAUGGGAGAGUCUUUUGCAGGAUUUUGCUUUUGCUACUUAAAUACUCCUAAUCAGCCAUGGAGUCUGGGACCCCAGUGGAUACUGCCAUAUUAAGCAAGGUGUCUGGAGCUAGUAGCCAACUAGUCUUUCCUUAUCUUUAAAAACAAAAAAUAAAAAAAAAAAGGACGCAUUUGAAGGGGUGUGAUGUAGAGGUAAAGCUCAGUUUUGCAUCACAGUUACUGACCAGACACUGAGAAAUAGUUCCUGCUGCCGCUUUGUCAAGUGCCAUACCACUCCACCUUCCGUGAACAGAGGAACCCUUGACGUCACAGCUGCAGCCACCACAGCCCCUGGGGCACUCUGCAAGUUUCUUGUUCUUAGCUCCCUUGCCUUCCCCCACAUCCCAGUCACCACCACCCCGUUUGGUUCUGUGUGUGUGUGUGGAUGCGAUAGCCCUGGGAUGGAAAGGACUAGCCUCUAAUGAUGCAAAAAAUAAUAAUAAAUUAAAAAAAAAAAAACACAAGAGUUUCCUUCUUAUAGCACAUGCACUUACAGUGAAAUGAAUUGUAUUAUCCUCACACGUGUUUACUACUGCUGGGGCCUUCCUUCAUCCUCUGAGGGCUAUUUUGUACUUCCUGCAGCACUCAGCUUACGAACAAAAAUUACCGCACACGGCUCUCUCCGAAGUAUUAUAUGGUGGUGUGUAGAUACAUCUGUAGAAAGACAAGAGGGUACUGUUGGAAAUUAAUAGGCCGUUUCCUUCAGAAUACCUUCAUGUACCAACCACAUCAACUUUAGAGUGUUUUGAGUUCUUCACCAAAACCAGCUGCCCUGCUCAUGCCCUCUUCCUUAUAAAACACCUGCACCUCCCCGGAGGAACAAUGACAGGCCGCCAACAGGGGGCGCCAGGCGGGCACUAGGAGUAUUUUCUAUUUUGCUGAAAAAACAAGACAGUACAUCUAGGGGGGAAAGACUUUUUUCUUUCUUUUUUUUUUUUUUUUGUGCAUACUACAUUGUGAAAAAUAUGACCUUCCUCUAAGACAAACUGUCCUCUGAGCUUGCUGUUCACUUUAUCUUCUGAUAUAAAAAGGAAAAAGCUGUAAGGGUGCAAAGGGCCUGUGCCAGAAGAAACACACACAGGGAAACUUUUUUUUUAAAUCAAGUGUAGAGAAUAGUCAUUUUUUAAACUAAAUUAGAAAAUUGUGAUAAAAUGGCAGUCAUCAAAGGUGUGACGAGUUCAUCUUUCUUUCACCAUAGGGGUUAUAGUUCUUUGGCUUGUGCUACUCUGGAAUCAUUUUACUGUUUGUUUUUAUUAUCUUCAGUGCUACUUAAAAAGGAGAAAUAAAACUUAAAAAAAAACUGUAGUUUCAUUACCUUUUUGAAUAAUGUCAUACAAAAAAUGUAUUUGUGUUUUUUUGUGAUGUGAGAAUUGCUGUUUGUAGAUUAAUAUCAUUUUGUUUAGAAUUACAAAAUAGUUUUUAAAUAUUGUCUGAGAAAAGCCAAAGUUAAUGCAACCUAGUGGAAACUGUAAGACCAUUUGAGUAUUGUUUGUUUUAUUGAUGCAUUUGGAUUUUGUUGUUUGAUGGAAUUUGAGCCAAAAAAAAAAAAUCCCACAGGCUUUCCUAUUUCUAUUACUGAUUGUACUUCUGCAUUUUGUACCAGUGGAACUUUUUAUACUGGAGAUUAAAAAAAUGGAAAUUUUUGUGGCUUACUCUUGUGGGCCCCCUGACAAUGACUGACUUCAAGUUUGAUUUCUGGUUGACAGGAAGAAAGUUGCUUUUCUUUUGAGAAUUAAAAACUUUGGCUUGAUUUCUUUUUCUCUUUGCUUAUAUCUAGCAUUUAGAAUUUUGUCUUAAAAUACAGCGGUAAGUUUCACUUUUUAUUCUGUAUUGUGCAGUUACACAAUAAGGUAAUUAGAUUUAGAAGUACUCAGUCACUUUAAGUGGAUAAAUGUAUUAGUUAAACUUUAGGGGUUUGCUUUUUUGCUGUUUAGAUCAAAGUUUUUUCCAAUUCUUCUGUCCUCAUUGUGAACAUAACCGUGUAGUUGAAACAGUCAAACUUAUUUUUGUAAUGUAUGUUAUUGUGUGAUGCAGUUUUUUGCUUCUGUCUCCAAUAUUAAACCAUUUUCCUAAUACUUGUUUCUCUCUCUGCGUGUUGUAUUGUUGGUAGUCAUUAUGUGUUGGUGAUACAUCUACACACUUCACUGUUUCACGUAUCUGUUCUUUUCUCUAUGUUGUGUAAAAAGAUACAGUCGAUUCCACCUAAGUGAAUAUCUGAUUUGGGGGAGGGAAAACGCCCCGCCAGCCACCUUUAAUUUCUGAACCACAGUACACCCUGACCACUAUUCCAAGAGGAAUACACUCCUUCUAUGGUUCACAUCAGUAACUGCCUGCAGAGCUGUUACGACCUUUUGACCACACAGGCUCACUUCACCUUCUCUCCCCCCUCUCUAGUGUGCAUACAUAAUCUGUAGUUCAUAAGGUUUAAAAGCUACUGCCACAUGGCCUUGAGACGAUCUGGGCUCCCCUGUCUACCCAAGGCCACACACCCACAGACGUAGCAUUACAGUCAAACUCCUGGUUAUUAAGGGGGUGAACUCUCAAGGAAAAGAUGUGCAAAGGAUUAAACAAAUCUGUGUGUUGGUACAGAAAAGUUAACUUUUUUCUUGGGGGUUAAUGAAUCAGGAGCAUGUUGAAUGAUUAAAACUAACAGAAGAGCAAAGAAGUAUUUCCAAGUGCUCAAACACUAGCUCUAAUCAGCCUGGAGGGAGGGGUCAAGUUUCUCAAGCCCAAGUCCCCAGUCUGUUGUCCAUUUGUACAUGUGGAAGCUCAGAGUGCCAUAAGCAUCCACACCCUCCCUCCCUCCUGGGUCAACACACUUAAUAAGCCUUGUCUCCAAGUUAUCAACAAAAGACAGCCAUUCCUUACAUGCCCUCUUAAACUGAAGCCACAAGCACUCCUCUUCCUAUCUCCUAAGCUCAGGAAUCUGACUGCUCUUAAAGUGCUCUUAAAAGAUUCCAUCAGUGUUUGCUCCCUGUGUCUCCUCUCUCCUUCCAACCCAGCUAACGCACAAGGCGCUGUCUGACUCAGACCGCCUAGCACCUGGCCGACUUCCUCUGGGGGCCAGUGCCACCCGGCCCUGCUGGUGCUCGGGCUCUGCACCACUCCGGCCCCCAGAUUGUAGUAUAUAGUUGGCUCAAUCACAGAGGGGCCUGGGGCAUGGUGGGAAGGAGGCCCAUGCUGCCGUAGGCCAACACCUCAGUGAUAGUGACUGUACCAGCUCCACACCUGCACAGAUGGGAGCUGGCGUCCUGCUGACACUUCUGCUUUAAAUCUCAUCAUAGCCUUCAUCAGUACGCCUCCAGAAACCCACUGUUUCCAUCAGUGGGGAAACGAUCGCUAAGGGUGUGAUUUUUUUUUUCUUUCUUCCUUUUUAGAGGGAAGGGCUUGGGAGGAAAAGGGAGGGGAAGGGGUGGGAGAAACAGGGUGAUUAAAUUCUUUUCAAGAUGCAAGUGUUUAUUUUUAAGAUACAUAAGUACAUGUAUUUUUUGUUUGUUUUUAGCAUGAGGCAAAAUAUUCCUGCUAAGUAAAGGAAGGGAAAGAUAAAGCCAGUUUUUGUUGUUUUGAACAAGAAACAAAAAUAGUUCUCCAAAGAAGGGAACAAAAAUAGUCGUUCCUUUAAGCACUUGGCCCCUGUCUAAAUUCACACUUCUAAUGUUGAUCUUGUAAAAACACCACUGCAGCCGAGCAAGGUGUGCAUGUUUGCCAGGCACAAAGCACCUGUCAACAUUUUCCUUGCAGAGAAAGCCCCAGGUCUGCCCAGCUCCACAGCAGUCGCCCGCUGUCCAGAGGCUUGGACUCUUAGCUGGCAGGCCAGGAAACGCAGUGAACAUCGAUGUACUGUGAAUCGUUCCUGAUAAGUGAAUAAAAUGUUGUGACCAAACAAUCAGCUUAUUCACUUAUCAGGAAUCGACUGUUCUGCUGAUUUGCUGUUUCUGUUUUUCAUUUUUGUUGUAGUUCACUAUUUUUGCUGUGUUCUGUUCUCUCCUCUCAUGCUUGGGCAGAAUCACUGGGAAUAUUAUCUUCAUGUGACCAUGAAACGUUUAUAUCGAGUGAAAAAAAUGAUAUCUUAACAAAAUCUAUGCACUUGCUAUCAGGAACACAAUACUGGAUGUGUCUUAUAUAUAUUGAACUAUAUAGUACUCGAUUUCUUAAAUAAAGCUUAAGAAAGGACUCUGUUGUGUGUAAAGUUAAUGUGAUUAUUUUUCAAAGCAGUGUUUCUAAGGGGUAUUUCUUGUUCUUUUACGUCUUGAGUGAUACAGGAUAUUUUUCAUUAAAGUUAUAUCGCUGGCUUUAUGACUUAAUAUUCAAUAAAUUGACUUUGGAAACAAAA